UAAAUCUUCGAUGGAAACUAGGCCAUUGACGGACAGUACAUACAUCGGACAUACAUCAACAAUUUUACAAGUAUCUUUGGAAAAUAGAUAGACUUUCUUCUAUUCAGUUCUGAUAAGAUAGUGAAUGAUUACGGUAUGUUGAGAUCAAAGGUACAGACACGAAGUAUCCUUACUGGUUAUAUUAUAUGCUUCCAAGCAUGUAUGUAAUGAGGCGUAUUUUCGUUAUGCAGAAGCAACCAUGGCGCAGUGAACAUUGAUCAUUGGAAGUACGGGGUGUCUCAUAAAAUCAAUUUCACACAGAGUACAGACUACAGAUCAUUAUUAACCAUAAUAUUAUUAUUCAUAUUUUUUUGACUGCAUAAAUUUUACUUAUUGAAGUAAAUAUAAGAUUAUGACAUAAAAACAUAAGCGAAUCAGUCAAUUACAGUAGAGAGCCUGAAACCUAAGACUUUGGGACGCCUUGUAUAUAAAAACUAAUGAGUCGGGAUUUCCUGUGAUUGGCUGUGAUUCGUAUUUCAAGGAUAGAGUAAAGGGUAGUUACAUUUUCCAUCAACUUCAGAAUUGAUAUUUUCAACAAAAUGCUACGAAUUGCAUCAAUAUUUCUACUUUUUGCCAUCUCAGAAAUCAUUGCUCAAGAUUGCGAGAAUAAAGAUACACAAUGUUCCACACUAUCGGAAUUUAAUCAAGACACCAAUUGGCAGUCAGCUACUUCAGUUUAUGAUUUCUAUGCAAACGACAUUUUGGGCAAAAAUGUCUCAUUGGAGAAAUAUCAUGGUCAUGUUCUUAUUAUUGUUAAUGUAGCCAGUAACUGUGGCUUAACAGAUACCAAUUAUAAACAACUCCAGCAACUAUAUAAUAAAUAUAGCGAUAAUGGUUUGCGAAUUCUUGCGUUUCCUUCUAAUCAAUUUGCUGGUCAAGAGCCGGGCACUUCUGAGGAAAUAUUAAAUUUUGUGAAACAGUACAAUGUUACUUUUGACAUGUUUGAGAAAAUUGAUGUAAACGGAGAGAAUGCUCAUCCGUUGUGGAAGUGGCUGAAGACACAGAAAAGCGGACUCAUUACUAACGCAAUUAAAUGGAAUUUUACUAAAUUUAUUGUAAACAAAGAAGGUAAACCAGUAGAAAGAUUCUCUCCGUCUACUGAACCAUUAAGUAUGGAAAAAAGUUUGAAAACGUACUUUUAAGUUUGUACAACGCUUGUUUCCUUCCUUCCUAUAUUUUAUACAUAUUUUUAAUAAUUUUUUUAUUUAGUACACAAAUAUAAAAUUACAUAU